UAUUUACCGCAUUUGCGAAUUGCACCGGUUAAACAUUGUUUUUACCGCGCAAUUUUACUUCCAGUUGUAAUUAAAGGUAUUUAAUUAUUAAAAAAAGGAAUUAAUUUCUAAUUUAAGUGAGAAGAAACAUUAAAAAUGACUUUCGAAAGAGGAGCUCUAUUAGUAUUGGAAGGAUGUGAUCGAGCUGGAAAAUCAACACAAGUGAAAAUGCUUCUUCAAGCUUUGCAUGAUCGUCAAAUUCCUGCUGAAAUAAUGUCAUUCCCAGACAGAACAACGACAAUCGGUGCGAAGAUAAAUAAAUAUUUAUUAAAAGAAAUUGAUUUGGAACCUGGUGAAAUUCAUUCCCUUUUUUCGCAGAAUCGUUGGGAAAAAGCAAAUGAUAUGAUAAAAACUCUUCAAUCAGGAAAAACCUUAAUCGUAGACAGAUAUGCAGCUUCUGGUGCUGCAUAUGCAUCAGCAUACACUGGAAAGGAUCUUGACUGGUGUAAAAAUCCUGACAAAGGUCUACCACGACCUGAUCUUGUAGCAUAUUUAAAGGUCAGUGAGGAAAAUCAAAUGUCAAGAAGCAAUUGGGGUGACGAGAGAUUCGAGAAACGUGAAAUUCAAUUAAAUGUUGCGGAUAAUUUUCAAAAACUCAAAGAAAAUAAUUGGAAUAUUAUUGAUGCAAAUCAAAAUAUUGAAAAUGUUCAUAAACAAAUUCUUGACAAUGUACUGGAAAUUGUACAACGUGUUAAAAAUACGCAGAUAAAAAAAUUGUAUCAAAACGACGAUUAAUUGAGAAAAAAGUAGGGGAGUUUCAGCUUUCAGCACCAAAGAGGAAAUGAGGGAGCUUCGACGUGCCAUAUUACUGUCUAUGUUCGUGUGUGUAUGUGUGUUUGCAAUGAAAUUAACUCCUACUCGCGAAGAAUAAAUGGAAUAUGUAUAUGCGUUUAGCAUGACAAAAAAGCUGAGCUGCGAAUACGAAGCCUUG